AAACUUGAAACCUUGUUUGCGCAACAAUCAGCGCCGCGGAGCCGCCAAAGUGUCUAGACUGGCAUAUGAUGGGAGGCAGCCAAUGACUCCGCGGCGCUCCUCCGGGGGCCCUCAGUGUGCGUUUGAGGAGAACAAAAAAGAGAGAGAGAGCCGAGCGGGGGAGCGAGCGAGGGAGCCGAGCCGAGAGAAAGAGCUGCCGGGCGCUGCCUCGCCAAACCUCGCAGGGACCGCGGGGCCACCGGGAGGCACUUUUGUGGAGGGGGGAGGGGGGGCGACCUCGGCAGCCGCGGCGCCCCAAGCGUCCGAGCGCAGCGUGGGGCGGGCUGCGACCUCUGCCUCGGUGGAUUGCGUUUUUAAUUAAGGAUUCCCAGCAGCUCUUUGGGAUUUUUACAGCUUCCACUCAUGUGUUGACACCCGCGUUCAGGAGAAACUCGCUCCAAGUGCAUCUAGCUCCUGGGACCUGAGACGGAGUUGGCCUUUCAUGCAUGCAAAUCCAGGGAUUUGGAUUUUGUUUGGGAUUUUUCUUUCUUUCCUUCCCCCCACCCCUUCUUUCUUUUUUGCAGGGAGUUGAGGGUAUCAACAAGCCUACCUUUCGGAUCCUGCAGGAAAAGCCCAUGUAGUUACGCGCUUGGGUUUUAAAGGCAGGGCUUUCCAGACACAUUUGGGGGUUCGACGCGAGCGCUUUGUGCUCAUGGACGAGCCGCGCAACUUUUGAAGGCUCGCCGGCCCAUGCAGGGUCUUUCUAACUGCGCGCUGCCUGCAGCCCCCCUAAAGCGCGGGGGCUGGAGUUAGGCCGGCCGCCGAGAUCCAUGUAGCCGCUGGCCAAGCGCGGACUGCGGCUCGGCGCGCGCUUGUUCCCGGCUGUCCAGCCCGGGCGAGCUCCCUCAUGUUGCAGCCCUGCUGUGCCCCUUCGACGACAGGCUGUGCGCGGUCUGCACGGCGCUCCGCGGCGGAGCUUCAUGUGGGGCUGCGGCCCGCGCAGCCGGCGCCUCGCUGAGGGAACGGACCCCUGGUAACCGGAGACCGCCUCCCUCCCACCCCUGGCGCCAAAGGAUAUCGUAUGUUCAGGUCCAAACGCUCGGGGCUGGUGCGGCGACUUUGGCGAAGUCGUGUGGUCCCCGAUCGGGAGGAAGGCGGCGGCAGCGGCGGCGGCGGUGACGAGGAUGGGAGCCUGGGCAGCCAAGCUGAGCCGGCCCCGCGGGCACGAGAGGGCGGAGGCUGUGGCCGUUCCGAAGUCCGCCCGGUAGUCCCACGGCGGCCCCGGGACGCGGUGGGACAGCGAGGCGCCCAGAGUGCGGGGAGGCGCCGGCGCGCAGGGGGCCCCCCGAGACCCAUGUCGGAGCCGGGGGCCGGCGCCGGGGGCUCCCUGCUGGAUGUGGCGGAACCGGGAGGCCCGGGCUGGCUGCCCGAGAGUGACUGCGAGACAGUGACCUGCUGUCUCUUCUCGGAGCGGGACGCCGCUGGCGCGCCCCGGGACGCUGGCGACCCCCUGGCUGGGGCGGCCCUGGAGCCGGCGGGCGGCGGGCGGAGUCGCGAAGCCCGCUCGCGCCUGCUGCUGCUCGAGCAGGAACUGAAGACAGUCACGUACUCGCUGCUGAAGCGGCUCAAGGAGCGCUCGCUGGACACGCUGCUGGAGGCGGUGGAGUCCCGCGGCGGCGUGCCGGGCGGCUGCGUGCUGGUGCCGCGCGCCGACCUCCGCCUGGGCGGUCAGCCCGCGCCGCCGCAGCUGCUGCUCGGCCGCCUCUUCCGCUGGCCUGACCUGCAGCACGCCGUGGAGCUGAAGCCCCUGUGCGGUUGCCACAGCUUCGCCGCCGCCGCCGACGGCCCCACCGUGUGUUGCAACCCCUACCACUUCAGCCGGCUCUGCGGGCCAGGUGGUGUGCUGGCCCCAGCAGGGACCAGGGCUGUGAGACCCGGCGCCGCCUCAUUCCCUGGCUCAUGGAGCAAUGGAGCAGAGUCUGGCCUGGGCACAAAUCCCACCUCCACCGUGAUUGGCUGGGGGGCAUGGGCAGAAUCACCGCCCCCUCCCUACUCUCGGCUGUCUCCUCAAGACGAGUACAAGCCACUGGAUCUGUCCGAUUCCACAUUGUCUUACACUGAAACGGAGGCCACCAACUCCCUCAUCACUGCUCCGGGUGAAUUCUCAGCAGACGCCAGCAUGUCUCCGGAUGCCACCAAGCCGAGCCACUGGUGCAGCGUGGCGUACUGGGAGCACCGGACGCGUGUGGGCCGCCUCUACGCGGUGUACGACCAGGCCGUCAGCAUCUUCUACGACCUACCUCAGGGCAGCGGCUUCUGCCUGGGCCAGCUCAACCUGGAGCAGCGCAGCGAGUCGGUGCGGCGCACGCGCAGCAAGAUCGGCUUCGGGAUCCUGCUCAGCAAGGAGCCCGACGGCGUGUGGGCCUACAACCGAGGCGAGCACCCCAUCUUCGUCAACUCCCCGACGCUGGACGCGCCCGGCGCACGCGCCCUGGUGGUGCGCAAGGUGCCGCCCGGCUACUCCAUCAAGGUGUUCGACUUCGAGCGCUCGGGGCUGCUGCAGCACGCGGCCGAGCCCGACGCCGCCGACGGCCCCUACGACCCCAACAGCGUGCGCAUCAGCUUCGCCAAGGGCUGGGGGCCCUGCUACUCCCGGCAGUUCAUCACCUCCUGUCCCUGCUGGCUGGAGAUCCUGCUCAACAACCACAGAUAGCGGCGGCCCCGCCAGGGGCGCACAGGAGGCCGGGCGCCGCCAUCACUCACCUCGGGAGGGGCCGGCGCCCAGAGACGCGGCCCCACGGACGAACCCCCCCAAAUAUCAUCUACCUAGAUUUAAUAUAAAGUUUUAUAUAUUAUAUGGAAAUAUAUAUUAUACUUGUAAUUAUGGAGUCAUUUUUACAAUGUAAUUAUUUAUGUAUGGUGCAAUGUGUGUAUAUGGACAAAACAAGAAAGACGCACUUUGGCUUAUAAUUCUUUCAAUACAGAUAUAUUUUCUUUCUUUUCCUCCUUCCUCUUCUUUAUUUUGUUUUUGUGUUGUUUAAGAAAAAUGAUACAGCAGAACUAGGUGGAAAAGCCUGGGUUUGGUGUAUGGCUUUUGAAAUAUUAAUGCCCAGACAAAAAGCUCAUAGCAGUCACUCGAUGAUAAUAAAGUAUUCACGUUCUA